AUGGACCAAACUAUAGCUCUCUACUCCCUCCCAGCCAUUCUCUUGGUCGUCAUCAUUUCCAAGCUCCUAAUCUCAUCCAAAAACAAACGACAUGACCAAACUAGCCUCCCUCCUAGCCCUCCUUCACUCCCGUUCAUCGGCCACCUCCAUCUCCUCAAGGAGCCAAUCCACAGAACCUUACAAACCCUCUCCCAACAGUACGGCCCAAUCUACCUCCUCUCCAUGGGCGUCCGCAAACUCGUCGUCGUCUCCUCCCCGUCGCUAGCCGAGGAGUGCUUCAACAAGAACGACGUCGUCCUCGCCAACCGGCCCAACAUGGUAGCCGGCCGAAUCCUCAACUACAACUACACCACCGUCGGGGCGGCACCCUACGGCCCGCUCUGGCGCAACCUCCGCCGCCUCACCGCCGUCGAGCUCCUCUCCACCGCCCGCCUCAACUCCUCCCUCGCCCUACGUCACGAUGAGGUCAGGCAUCUGGUCCGCGGCCUGUUUGACAAGGUUUCGGGUGCCGGGUCGGGUUACGGGGAGGUGGUGGAGAUGAAGUCGCGGCUUUCUGGUCUCUCGUUGAACAUAGUGAUGAGGAUGGUCGCCGGGAAGAGGUAUUUUGGGUCUGCGUCGGCGGAGGAAGGAGGAGGCGGCGAGGGGUUUCAGGAGGUGAUAAGCGAGGUGUUCGAGCUGAGCGGUGCGUCGAAUCCGGGGGAUUUCUUGCCGGUGCUGAGGUGGAUUGGCUACGGCGGGAUGGAGAAGAGGAUGUGGAGGGUUCUGGCGAAAUUCGACGCCGUUUUCCAGGGUUUGAUCGACGAGCGGCGGAAGGAUAAGAGCGCCGAGCAGAAGACGAUGAUCGAUACUUUCUUGGAUUUGCAGAAAUCGGAUCCUCAAACUUAUUCCGACGAUAUUAUCAAAGGUCAGGUCAUGGUGAGUGCUACGGCAUAUUCUUUAUGCUUAAAUCAUUUUUUAAAGUAUUGUUUCAUUCAUCAGACAAAUCAACUUAAUUAUAUUAUAAUAAAAAAAACAAUGAUAACAGCUGGUACAGACACAUCCGCGACAACAAUAGAAUGGGCGAUGUCACUCUUACUUAAUCACCCGAACAUUCUGACAAAGGCAAGAGCAGAGUUAGACGAUGUGGUUGGUAACAAUCGAUUGGUAGAGGAAUCGGAUUACGCCAAACUUCCUUACCUGCAAAACAUCAUCAACGAGACACUUCGACUGUAUCCAGCGGCACCUCUGCUAGUACCGCACUACUCCUCGGAGGACUGCACGAUCGGAGGUUACCACAUUCCUAAAGGGACGAUGCUAAUGGCCAACGCAUGGGCAAUUCAAAGGGACCCUAGCGUGUGGGACGAGCCGACGACGUUUCGGCCGGAGAGGCACGAGGGCAAGGAGGCGGAUGCGUACAAAUUGUUACCGUUUGGCAUGGGAAGAAGAUCGUGUCCAGGUACAGGGCUUGCGAAUAGAGUUGUGAGCUUGGCGUUGGGUGCGUUGAUUCAAUGCUUCGAGUGGACAAGGGUUGGUGAAGGGUUGAUAGACAUGUCGGAGGGGAAGGGACUCACAAUGCCUAAGGUUGAACCUCUGGUAGCUUUAUGCAAAGCUCGUGAGUGCAUGAAAGAUGUUCUGGUGACUGCAUGAGUAAUAUGUAAUCGUGACAAAUAUGAUGGUCUGGUGUAGAUUAUAUGGAGAAUUAUUGCAAGUUGGCUGCUCUUAAUUAUGAAUAAGAUAUUUUCGGGUAAUUAUGAAUAAGAUCUUUCGG